UGGUGUUACCAAUGCAGUUGUUAGCGCUGCUGUCAUAAGGUCCUAAACUAUUAUCAACUCAUUAUUCGAUAGCUUAUAGUCCUUACCCGCGCACCCCAAUAGUAUAUUUGUAUUUGGUGCUUGCUAGCGCAUACGUAUAUGAACUUGUCUGUGGGUGCGGAGUGUGACGUUUGCCAUUGGUUUGUCGCUUGAAUUCAUCUGGAAGGACAGUGGUGGGCAAUAAAAAAACGGACGACCAAAUCGACGCGAUGGCAUCCUCAAAUCACGAAUUGAUCUUGGUGGGGCCGCAGCCUCACGAUACGGAGGCAAACAUUCAUGAUCCGAACACCAACGAAUCUAGCGAUCCAGAUCCAAUGGGAAUUGUUUCCAUGGGCAUGGGUACAUCGACAGGCCGCUCAACUACAAGUGCGGGACAGGGGACGCGAAGCUCUAGUCCUCCACCCACUGUUUACAAACUUCUACCACCCGUCAUCGUUUCACCAAAUGGAGUACUCCUCGCACCCCUUAGGGAUCGAUUGUCAUCCAAGAAUCCCCACGUCCUCGAGAGACCCGACCGGUUGGGCGAGAGAGCAGAAACGAGCACGGAAAGGAUAACUCGUAGAAGUCGGAUCACUACUUCUGAGGAAACCAAAGAGGGCGGGAGCAGUGGGAGCAGCAGUGAAGACAAGCAGCUUCUCCCAGAGCCACUGACGCGAAGAAAAAGAGGACGGCCUCCAAAGCCGAAGGUGCCGAAAGUAGUUUCAGUGGUUGUCCCCGACGAUGGGGAAUGUUCUUCAUCGAGCGUUCACGAUACAUCCGGGGAUAAAAACGACCAUGACCAGCAAGAGGAUCCUUGUUCGUCUGGACCUUCAUCACCCGCAUCUCCCUCGCCUUCUAAAAAUCAAGUGUGUAAGAAGAACUGUCUUCGUAACUGCUCGAAAGGAGAUUUGGCUGGAUUUCGAGACGUUUUAAGUAUGCUAGAUAAGGAAACCUUGCGGAAAAUACAAAUGGACCUCAUUUUAACUGGUGUUAGAGCUAGACCAGUGCAAAGGCGCUCCAUUAAGGCGAGAACUAGUGAAACGGUGGCCCGUAGAGGUUCCCUUGUGUAUUCGCUUGUGAUCGAUCAUAAAACGGUUGAUAUGUGCAAGAAAUGUUUUAUGGAUAUGACCGGUAUCAGCGCAGGAGUGUUAAGGAAGUGUCUUUCACACCUGCUUGAGCACCAAGUAACUGGAGAUAUAUCAGAGUUGCAUAAGAUAGGACAAUCCAAUCGCGGCAAGCAUGCUCCAGCGCACAAGUUAAAAAUUGACGUAAUGGAACAGAUUACUCGCCAUAUAGAAACUUUUCCCCGUGAUAAGAGCUACUAUCCUACACCUGAAGGAGCUAAGGGCCGUGAAUUCAUCACAAACGAUACGUCAAUUUCACAGAUGUGCACUCUAUACAAUGAAAGUGUUGUCGAGGAAUCGCAUAAGGUAUCUUACGCAACUUACCGUCGGGUAUUGGUUGAGAAAUUCAAUAUAGGCUUCAAAUCUACUUCAUCGAUGCACCUUUGCGCGUUGUGCCAGAAGCUCGAUGCACGUUUGAAGGACAUGGACAAUCCUGAUCGUGAAACGGUACAACUUACGAAAGAUCUGCAUCAAGCUGAGGCAAAGAAUAGACAGAAUAACAAAGAAGCUGAUAAACAGUUUGCUAUGCAGGAUCAUACGACAAAAGUACUUGCAGUAGAUCUUCAGAAGACGCUGCCAGCACCAAUGCUUCGCUCGAAUGAAGCUAUUUACCGACGUCAUCUGGCCGUGUACAGCUACACAGUUUGCGACGUCGCCAGUGGCCAAAUGGCUUGCUAUCUUUGGGACGAGAGCAUUGCUGGUCGAGGUAAGAUGGAAAUUUCAUCAUGCCUCAAGAAUUUCAUUGACUACACAAUGGCACAAAGCCCGGACACACGCACAGUUAUAGUCUGGUCGGACAACUGGCUUUGUCCUAACAAAAAUCUGGCUCUGUCAGCGAUGCUUAUGCAGCUUUCGGCUCGCUAUAACAUUAAAAUUAUACAGAAGUUUCUCGUAGCCGGACAUACUCAGAAUGAGUGCGAUGCUUUCCAUAGCAGAAUCGAAGUGCAAAGGAAAAAAGAAACCGAGAUUCUGCUUCCUGCAGAUUGGUGCAGCGUGCUGCAUAGAGCGGAUAGUAAGGUUGCUGUUGUUCAAAUGAUGCCCUAUUCGUUUUUCGAUUUUAGUGUCCUUAUCGAUGGUCUUGAGGCCCCGUUAGAGAAAAAACCCGCAGGACUUGAAGGGGUCGCUUGGGCGAAGGCCGUAUCGUUAACUUAUACCGGAUGCCGCGUUGAUAUUCUAACACAUAAAUAUGAAACUGUGACAGUAAACUUCGAGCGUAGCAAAGAACGACUGUUAACAACAUAUCCACCUGUCCUUGGACGCCGUAUAUCUGUGUCUCCGGCUAAAAAGACAGAUUGUGUUUAUCUUAUGAGAGAAAAGCCGGAAAUGUGCAAACAAUUUUAUGAAGGGCUCGAAACCGCUGAUAUCGAUGAUGUGGUCGAUCCUGCCUCAGAAGAGCGCGUUUUUGGAGAGAAGAUCGAUGAAAAUAAGGUGUAAUCUAUUGCCAAAAGUGUUACGUAGCAAUUCCAAAGCUGUCAAGUUCCUUUCAUUGAUAGCAAUAUAUAUUGUCGGUAUAUCAGCUAAGCUAUGUAGUACUUGAAACCAUUAUGGGAGGCAUAUGCUCAAGAUGUAGGUGAAGCUGUCAGAGUUGUCACCAUUUGCAUUCCUCGUCAAGUUCAUCCAUCAAUUGCAUAAGGUAUACACCAACUACGCUUCUUCAUGAUUAAAAAAGACGCUAUUUGUUAUACGAGGCUUGAAAAAAUGUAUAAAGCGGGAGCAGAGACACGAAUCAACGUAAGUGUGACUAGAUAAAGGCAUAUGUAAAAAUGAUAUUCAUGAUAUAUCAUACUGAUGAGAAAUAGCUAAAAAUCAUUAUCUAGCGAAAUCUCUAGGAAUAACAGCCAGAGUUUCUGUUAACUAAAAAGGAUAGAUUAAUAACAGAAUCCUUAUGCGCUUCCUUUUUAUGGUUCGCGCGAAAGUAAAAUGUCUAAAAGCCAGGCAGAGUACAGAUGUGUAAUAUUCCGUAUUUUAACAGGUUUUUAGUGAUUAUUCUAAUCAUUUAAAUAAGUGCAGAUUCUGAACUGGCCCAGUGUGACGAAGUAUCAAAAGUGCUGAAUAAUCUUUGUGUGAUCAUACAAAAACUCUGUCAUAUGUUCACUGUGAAAAAAGUUCCAAGUCCGUAAAGCCCGCAUUGCCUUGGGAAAGGACCAAACAUGACAUUCAUUUGUUUUACAAAAACUAUCUCUUUACCUACUGUUAUUACUGGGUAGCUUCAAGAAGUAUUCUGCAUGAGUAUACUCUGGUUUAAAAUACUCGUUGUUAAAGCUAAAAAUGUGAAAGGAGAAAGGGAGAGAUAUUGAAUCGCAAAAAAUUAAACUCUAACAUGUAAGCAUUAUGUCGUGCAUGAUGUUUGCCAUUUGCUUGUGUACCUAUUAUUGAUUAUCUAACGUCACAACUUUAGCAAGUCUAGGUUCAUUUAAGGUAGAGCCCAGUGGACAGACAGAAUAUGCACAAAUAUUUAUUUAGCAUAUGCAACUAUUACUUUGUUUCCUUUGGUGUCCGUAAAAGCUUACUUAUCCCCGCAAUAUUAUCAGCUAUUUUAUAUAAGAAGUGAACUUUAUUCUCUUAAAAAUAAUAUUGGUUCAAUCCAAUCAAAUUCCUAUUUCCUUGUAGAGAAAUUGUUUUCAAGGUGACGCUUAACAACGGCAGCUAUCACAUCCUAGUCUUUGACUUAUGCCAUGUUUAUACGCGCACUGAGUGAGUAUAAAUGUGAAAACGGACGAUUUAUAGUGAUCGCUUUUGAAAAGUAUCGAAAAGAAGGAAAAACAAUUCUGAAAAUAAUAUGUAACAUAGCAAUUUUUAAAAUUAAUUUCUUUAGAACACAUGAUAGGCUUAUUAAGACUAGAGGGUAUAAAUCAAGGAAUUUCUUAAAGCAUUCUAGGUAAUUAGACGCGCAGAGGCUGAAUUAAAAAUCGCCGCUCGACUGAAAAAAGGAGAUUAUUGUUUACUAGCAGGAAGCUGAUUCGUAAACACCAAUAGUUUGUCCUAAACAAGUGACGACGUAAAAGAUCAUCCUAAAAAUGACAUGAAUGAAUCUAGAAAGAUACACUUUAGAUAACUGUUUGUGAAACUAGUAACGGGUAUAUGAAAUAAUAUGGAACCCCGUGAUGUGUGACUGUUGUGGAAAUGGAACAGAUUAUUUUUUAUCUACAAAUGAGAGUGUAGAGUCAUAGUUGUCACAGUACGCAUAACUGUUGAUAACAUUUUAUAUGGUGCUACAAUCACACGGCAAAUUAAACUAUUGGAUGAAACGAAAACGUGUCUAGGAUGAAUCUUUGCAUUGCGUUACAAAGGGUGAUGUUCAAUGAGAAGGUUGAUGCCUCAAUGCGUUUUUUGAGUUUUGAUUUCAGGGAUAGAUAAAAAGCAAUCAGCUUUUCUGUUUCGUUCUAGUCGUCGUUGGCAUGGUAUGACUCGUGAUUCGUUUAUUUUUAGUUACUCGUUUUUAGAACAGAUUGACACGAAUAAAAAUUGACACAACUAUUAUUUCAAAGAAGUCAUAAAAUUAGAACUGAAAAGAAAUAGGGAAUUGAGAAGCGAACAGUGUUUUACUUAAAUAGCUUCUGUGAUUGAUGCAAUUCGUUGACUGCAUAUUAAGAAUGCAGUUCAUUUAUUUAUUUUACUAGCAAUCAACUCCAUAUGUUUUCAUAAUGGUAAAACUAAAACAUAUAUUACCCAUACAAAUAUUUAUAUUAUUAUUUGUGACGUAAGUCUUUAAACAAUAGCACACGAUAACCUGACGUUAUAUAUAUACUUUUGUUCGAAUUUUAUCAUCAGUAUCACUAUAAAAACUUCGUGGCUAAUGACUCUAAAAACGCAUUAUUAUAGAAACAAAUUGUAUAGAGAAGGAAAAAGUUUAAAGAAAAAUAUAAAAAUUAAUGGAAAAACAUUCUGGUGUUUAUUAAAAGGAUAUUAGAAUGAGAAGCGGAACGUUUUGUACAUAACGUAGUGUUUUACGAUAUAUUAAUAUAAUCCAAGUAAUUACAUUUUAUAACAAUUGUGAACAUAAACGCGAGGUUUUACCAUCGGUAAAUUAAUAUGUGUAUUAUAUUCUAUAUGCUAUUGCUAAGUUGUAACAUUAUUGAGUAAAUCCGUUGUUUUCUAUGGCUUGAACUGAGCCUAUUUUUAUCUUCUGCUUUAUUCGUAUGCUUCCUCCUUUGUUACGACUCAUUAGAGACGGUCCUUUCAAAAGGCAUUCCGGCACGCAUUUCAAGUAGUGUUGCCACUUUUAUGCUUUACGGAAUAUUUAGUCCAAUAUGGUACAUCUCUCAACGGUCACUUACAUACAAUAAAAAUGUGCGCGCGUUAAUUUUCCGAUAUUAGGUACUUCAAACUUGAUUACUUUGAACAUUAUUUUAUUAUAGUUACGUUAUUUAACCUAUACACUUAUAUGCUAUGGAAAUCAAUCGUUCUCUUCAAGUUAAUUCAAUUCCGUCAAAUAUGGUAAGGGUAAAAAAAAAACUUAUAAAAAGUCGUUCCGAAUGAAUGGAACAGGUCCAUUAUAAGGAGUCUCAUGUCUGAUUAAAAACCUUAGGCAAACGCUUAUGAUAAUAAGAAGCAAAAGCAGAUCGUGGAGCUCGAAUUUUUCGUUUAGAGUCACAUUUACCACUUAGUUAGAUAAUAUGAUUGAUACUUCGUUUUUCUAUUAAGCGUACACUGAAAAUUCAGUUCAAUCCAGUUUCGCGAUCUAGUUUAGCGCUCUAGAGUAUUAUUUUCUUUUUAACUAAAUAAUAACUUUUAAUGGUUUUAAGAUAAUAAGCCACAUCGUUUUGCGGAGGCCACAAGAUUAUUAUUAUUUUUUUUAAUUUUGUCGUAAACUCAGUAUUGCUUUGCUGACUUGAAAACAUUUGUUAAGUACACCAGAAUGCAUUUACGGUACGUUAUACGAAAAUACGGUCCACGUGGAAGUUGCACAUGCGGCAUUUUAUUAAUUGGAUUACAAAAACCCUUGUAAAAAGCUUUAUUUUUCAUGAAAAAGCAUCCUACGAGCUAGUUCUAUCAGAUCGCUUUAAAACGUAGCCCUCCUCUUUUCGUAGGUGUAGAUGUGCCUAAGGAGUUGCCGCUGUCCUAAAUACCAUGCGUUUUAGGAUAUUGGCUGUUUUUUUGUCGUCUAAUUAUCUCCUUUUGCAACCGGACAAUCGUUCGCAUAACCCGUCUUGUGCAUUGCUGAAAUACUACUAUAAUAUAUAGAAUAUAGUCAAAAUAAGUUUUGAGUAUAUAUUUUGUUUUAAGGUUACUCACUGAAAUUGCCAUGCGAUGCGAUAUUGUUAUGUCCAGUAGUGAUUUACGAGGUCGCAUCUCGCCGCUGAUCAUUGUGUUAGCCUGUAGUAAAAAUGUGGACUGUCAUAGCUUAACAUUUUCGGCGCCUCUUAGGGGACUUACUAGACUCCCUGUUAUUAGAACACUAAAAAGUGACUGAAUUAUAUUUUACUGCAGUAACGACAAAAUUUGCUUUAUAUAUUGUAUGGGAUCCGCUGAGCAUAUAUGCAGCAGAGGUUCUGUAAUUUUACAAAUGAAUUGUUAUUUCUACCUCCAAUUAUCUCGUGGUAUAAUUAAAUAAGUAAUUCUAAUAUGAUCAUACACCUUAAUCUGUAGUAAUUGCUAAAUUUGACUCCCAAGUUUUGGCUUGGUGAACGUUUUCUAUAUGCGUAAGUAAACGCCCUUAUUUCUAUUUUAGCAUUCAUAAUCGUUUUUGACCUCUUGCUGGUUUUACCUUCGACACGACUUAAGAAUUCAAAGCGCGGUUGAAAAACUUUUUCAGAGAAACCCGCGAUUUUUUGGCGAGGUGGCAUAUAUCACUUGAUGGAAAGAUGGAAGAAAAUCAUGAAUAAUGACGAAAAAUACAUAACAUAUUACUUCUUGUGACAAAAAUAAAAAAGUGGUGUUUUCUAUUCACUAACAAGGCGUUAAUAUUUUAUGUUCAAUUUAGUUCGUAACAUUUGGCGAAUGUAAUUAUUUAAGUUUCAGGAAAUUAUACAGUAUAUAAAGAAUGCGUUGUACUUCUGUCAAAAACGAAUUCUAUUUCUCAGAAGUUAAAUAGAGCUAAUUCCUAUCGCCAAAAAUCUCAAAUUUUAGAUUGUUUUCCUUUAAUAAAGAAUUAUCAUUCUCAAACCGUCCAAAAAAUAUUAACCUAGCUAGAAUAUAUCUCGCAAAUGGCUUUCAAUGCAACCCAAAUCCUGAGAAGCGUAACUUAUCUAUGAUGUGUAUUUAUGGAUAAGUUUUCGUUUGAACUCCGAGUGAUACUAUGGAGAUGAUUACGCAAAAAGUGCACAGCAUCUCCAAACGCGUAAAAGGCUUUUUCCUGACCUUAAAUUAGAGGACCCAGAAAGUGAUGAGAAAACCUUAAUGUGCGCGUAUGCGCAGCAAUCGCUGAGUCAUGCGUGGAAAUAAAGCUUAUAACUAAGACAGCUAAGAUAUCAUCUAUAAAUCGUAUAAUUAUCAUGUCAGAGUGCCUAAAAUGUUGUUUUAUGAUAAAAAUAAAAAGCUGCAUUUUUUAUAUAGAAUAAAAACAUGGCCCACAAACUAAAUUGG